AUGGGCGCGGCCGCCUCGCUGCAAGAGGCCGCGGAGACGGACCUGCCCGAGCUCGUGCCGAGGAGCCAGGCGGAAACGCUGCUCGGCACGACGCUCGAGAACCACAACGAGUGGAGGCUCCACGCGGACGCCGAAGACCGCGUGCCGCGCGCGACGCUGCGAAGCGCCUGCGCCGUGACGGCCGCGCGCGUCGAGGCCGCCGAGACGUUCUACCAAUCGCUCAAGGAGUUCUACGACUUCCGCAAGGACGCCGCAGCGCUAUGGGAGCGCCAGCCCUCAAGAGACGCGCUCGAGACGCUGGAGCCCGUCAAUAAGGCCGGGGACAGGGAGUACGACGAAACAGCUUUUCAACAAAGCGUCGACGGGCACCCCUGCCAGACCAUCAAGGCGUUGUACGAGGCCGCGGCGUUGUGUAAACCGGCCUUCGAGCACCUCAUGUUCAAAAUUCAAAGGGAGGCGUCGAAGCAUGAUGAGGGCGAGCCCGAGCUUAAGUUGGCGCCGCUGAAGGGCGUCGCGCGGGCCCAGGAGAAGGCUAGGUUUGAUUACGGGGAUCGACCGCACCCGAUCUCGUGGGUCUGCGACAUUGUGCGCGGGUGUCUCAUUGUGGAGACACCGCAAGCCGCGCGCGUGGCGUUCGAUGCUUUAUCGAAUCAUGACGGCGUCGACAUCGUCAAGUCGAGCAAUAGGUUCAAAUACCCGACGCCGGCGGGCUUCCGCGACGUCAACGUGAAGAUGCGACUGGAUCCGCAGAAGGUCGCGGGGAGCGCCCUUGGCUCGGCUUUGGACAAGAAGGCCUGUCCCCACGUCGUCGAGGCCCAGAUCCAUCUGAGGCCUCUGAAGAAGUUCGCGGUGGAGCGGGACUCGCACCGCUUCUACGAGCACUUCCGGUCGUUCUUCCGGGGCGACUGGGAGCAGAUCGAGGCCCAGGCCCAAGCGCUGGAGCGGUUGUUUCAAAGAGGGAGCGGCUCGUCUUUGUUAAGUGCCGUCGACGAGUUGGUCGCCGACGACCAAGCGUCGGCUUCGCUCACGUCCUCCGUUGCCGAGUUAGUCGGACAACUAGGCCUCCACGACAAGGAGGCGGUGCUCUGCGAACGGCUGGCGGAACUGGAGCACAAGGAGCGGAGGCUGACGCACGUCGGCGUCGCGCACUUACGGAGGGGCAACGCCCUUUUAGCCCAGGGCGCGUGCAAGGACGCGGCCGACGCCUUUCGCAUCGCCGGGAGGAAACUCAACAACAAGCCGAUGCUCCUCAUCGACGCGAAGCUGGGGCAGGGCCGGAGCCUCGUCGGCCUCGGGGACCUCGCGGGGGGCGAGAAGGUGUACACGAAGACGCUGAACCUCCUCGGGAUGAUGGCGAAGAACAGGAUCUGCUCCGAGGAGGCCGUCGGGCCCGUACAUGUGGCGAAGGCACACCUGCUCGCGGCGCGCGGCGAGUACGACGACGCCUUCGCGGAGCUGGCAAAGGCCGAGAAGUUACUAUUAGCCUUCGACGGCAAGGGCGACGAGUCGCCCAACUUGGCGUCCGUGCGGGCUGCUAGAGCCGACGUUUUAUUGAGACGCGCCCAGGCCCUGGAGCGCCUCGGGGACCAGACCUGGUCGAAGCUCGUGAAUGACGCGUACCACGAAGCGAACGCCGCGGCGGAGGUGCUCCACAAGGUCUGCGGCGAGCGCGCCAAGGAGACGGCCACGGCCUUCUCCGUCAAAGCGAAGGUCCUCGUGCGGCAAGGUAAGUACCUCGGGCGAGGUAAGUACCUCGAGGCCGAGGAGCCGGCGGCCAAGGCCUGCGCGUGCAUCGCGGAUACAAGAGCCGCGGCGGCGGCGCGCGCGACGUACGCCGCUGCUCUAGAGGGAUUAGGGCGGACGGGCGACGCGAGUGCCGAGCGGCGGAAGGCCACGGACGCGCUGCGGGCCGGCCAGGGCGGCGCCGACAUGGUGGACCUCUUACUGGCGGAAGCCGAAGCGCUGAAGAAGCAGGGCCACGGCGAGCGCGCGGCGGAGGCCGCGGCCGAAGCUGUCCGUGCCGCGCUCGACCCGCGGGACGUCGUACGAGCCAGGCAAGAGUCGGCGGACAUCUUGUCGUCCCUCAACAAGCACGACGCGGCUGCCGCCGAGCUCGAUGCUGCCUUGGACGCGGCGACGAAGUUGCUCGGGAAAGUCCCGACGCCUGCAGAAGAUUUAACGCCGCGAAGCGAAUUCGACACGCGCUUCGAAGUGACAAAAAAGAUGCUCGCCCACCCGCGCGCCAUCACGGAGGAAAUGGCUUUGCUGUACAGGACGCGCGGCAUCACGGCCGAGGACCGGGGCCGCGCCGACAACGCCGUCAAGUUCUACGGCUGGGCCCUGGAGUUGUUUCGGGCGCACGACGGCGACGAUAAACCCUUCGUCGCGGAGCUCGCGGGGCGCCACGCCAAGCUCUUGGAGAAGUUCUCGGCGCGGAAGGCGCGGCCGCCCCGGCCCCGCAGCGGCGUCAAGGACCGGCCGCGGAGCGGCACGCAGCGGCCGAAGAGCGGCACGCGCCGGCCGCACAGCGCCGCGAAAUACCGGCCGAAGAGCGCCACGAAGCAGCCGCCCGACGGCACCCUCGACGACCUCGCGCGGGAAUUGUGCGCCCUGCGCCAGCCGUCGCGGUAGGACCAUGUUUUAAGUGAAUCUAGGUUAAGGAAAACAUAUCCCGCCGUCGACGGGAUAUGUAUUCGCCACUCUUCGUCGCCUACACGGGCGCCUGA